AUGGGCUACUACACUUAUUUGCUCUUUGGAUUUGCAAUUUUAUGUCUAUUGCCUCAAUCUACAUUUUGCAUUACUAGGCAUUAUACAUUCAAUAUUGUACAACAUAACGUAACGAGAUUAUGCACCACGAAGAGCAUAGUUAGCGUAAAUGGACGUUUUCCAGGCCCUCGUCUUGUUGCAAGAGAAGGUGAUCGAGUGAUCGUGAAGGUAGUCAACCAAGUUUCCAAUAAUAUAUCUAUUCAUUGGCAUGGAAUUAGGCAGCUUACAAACGGAUGGGCAGAUGGACCAGCAUACGUUACACAAUGUCCGAUACAAUUUAACCAGAGCUAUACGUAUAACUUCACGAUCAUCGGUCAGAGGGGAACUUUGUUCUGGCAUGCUCAUAUUUCAUGGCUAAGAGCAACGGUUUAUGGACCUAUUGUUAUUCUUCCACGACGAAACGAGUCUUAUCCAUUUAAGAAACCAUACAAGCAAAUUCCAAUCAUGUUUGGAGAAUGGUGGAAUGUAGACACUGAGGCUGUAAUAAACCAGGCUCUUCAGACAGGAGCUGGUCCAAAUGUUUCAGAUGCAUAUACUAUCAAUGGUUUCCCAGGACCCUUGUAUAAUUGUUCCUCUAAAGAUACUUUCAAGCUGAAGGUGAAGUCAGGAAAGACUUACAUGCUACGUUUGAUCAACGCUGCACUGAAUGACGAAAUGUUCUUUAGCAUUGCCAAUCACACUCUCACCAUCGUUGAAGCGGACGCUAUUUACACCAAACCAUUUAACACAAAUGUAGUAUUUAUCACCCCUGGCCAAACCGCCAAUGUUCUUCUCAAAACAAAGCCAUAUUACCCCAAUGCCACCUUCCUAAUGGCGGCUCAGCCAUACUUCUCCGGUCAAGGAACGUUUGAUAACUCUACUGUUGCCGGAAUCCUAGAAUAUGAAUCCCCCUUACUUGGCAACAAAAACAAAAUCAAAAUUCUUAAACCAACCUUACCAAAUAUGACUUCAACUAGUUUUGUUGCCAAUUUCACCAAGAAAUUCCGUAGCUUAGCCAGCACUCGAUUCCCAGCAAACGUUCCACAAAGUGUUGACAAGCGAUUUCUCUUUACAGUAGGACUUGGUUCUAACCCGUGCCCCAAAAACAUGACAUGUCAAGGACCUAAUGGCACAAAAUUUGCAGCAUCAAUAAACAACAUAUCGUUUGUCCUUCCAACGACAGCACUUCUCCAAUCUCACUACUUUGGACAAUCUAAUGGAAUUUACACAACAGAUUUUCCGAGCAGCCCUCUAAAUCCAUUCAACUAUACAAGAUCACCACCACCAAACAACACUUUCGUAACCAAUGGAACAAAACUUGUUGUCUUGCCAUUUAAUUCGAGUGUUGAGGUUGUGCUACAGGACACUAGCAUUUUCGGUGCUGAAAAUCACCCCCUUCACCUCCACGGUUACAAUUUCUUCGUUGUUGGUGAAGGAUUUGGAAACUUUGAUCCUAAUAAUGACCCUGCCAACUUCAAUCUCAAGGAUCCUAUAGAGAGAAACACGGUUGGCAUCCCUACUGGUGGAUGGGUUGCUUUUAGAUUCUUCGCGGACAAUCCAGGAGUAUGGUUUAUGCAUUGCCAUUUCGAGGUGCACACAAGCUGGGGACUAAGGAUGGCUUGGAUUGUGUUAGAUGGACCGUUAUCUAGUCAAAAGUUACCUCCACCACCUUCAGAUCUUCCAAAAUGUUGAACAAGAACAGAAAUUCAACGGCUCACUUCGCGAUUUCA